GCUCUUCCCUUUUAGCAUUCAGAAGCAGAGUCAGAAGAGAAAAGUGAUGAAGGAGAAAAUGUCUGCGAGGGCCCGAUCAGAGGAAGGACCAGAACAAUCAAGAAAGGCCAUUGGUGCAGUUCAUCUUGGGUAUGUGGCUGAGCAGCCAGGCUGGGGGAUGCUGCAAGUGGGCAAAGGGGAGCCGUCCAAGGGGAUGCAACAGCACUGGGAAGCCCAAUGGCAGGAGUUCCUGAGGACAUUGCAACCUAUUCACCCGGGGUGGGGAAACCCAGGGAUGCCAGAGGCCGCCCCCUGGGAAGAUGGCAAGGCCUUCCUGGCCUCCUUCGAGCAGGUGGCCAAGGCCUGCCAGUGGCCUAGAGGAGAGUGGGCGGCCCGGCUCUUGCCAGCACUGAGCGGGGAAGCCGAGCAGGCCUUUCAAAGCCUGGAGGCCAGAGAACAAGGAGACUAUGGGAAAGUGAAGGCCGCCAUCUUGCGAGGGGAGGCCCUGAGAAUGGAGAUGCAGCGCCAGCACUUCCGGCAGUUCCGUUGCCAAGAGGUGGAAGACCCUCGAAGGAUUCACAACCAAGUCCAGGAGCUGUGCCGGCAGUGGCUGAAGCCGGAGCGGCACAGCAAGGAGCAGAUCCUGGAGCUGCUGAUCCUGGAGCAGUUCCUGGCCAGCCUGCCGCCCGACCUCCAGGGCUGGAUCCAAGCAGGAGGGCCGGACUCCUGUUCCCAGGCGGUGACCCUGGCAGAGGACUUCCUGAUGGGCCAGCAGGAGGCCAAGACAAGGAAAUGGCAGGGAUCAGUGAAGGAAGAGUGUGAAGAUUCCCUGAAUACUGAGGAAGAGCCUCUCGAAGCUGUGAAAGGACAGAUGUAUGAAGAAGCCAAGGGAAACAGUGAUGUGGAGAUCAACAUUCUGGGGAGUGGAAUCAAAUGCCCAAGACUUUCUAGCUCAUCUUUCCCAGCCGAAGGACAAGAAAGGUGCCAAACAGGUCUCAGAGAAGGAGCUGUGAACGUCAAGGAAACGGGUGUAUAUUUGCAGAUAGUCAAGCAGAGUUUGACCCAGCCAGGCCAACAGACCAUGGUAUGGCAAGUCCUGCAGGAGGAUGGUGGAAACAUGGGCUCUUUGGGUGAUGAAAAUGGAAGUCAGGUCAAGAUGGAGCAUUCUCAGUGUGCAGGAAAUGAGCCAGAGGAGACACCCCGGAUGGUUGCACAGAUCAGCCAAGUGAAUGUAUUGGAGGCAGCAGAGAUGCAGGAGGAAGGACACCUGUCUAAAGGGGGACAAGGGGCACAGCCAGUAGGGAGAGAGAAUCGCUGCAAUGAGCUCGCAGGAGACUUUCCAGCUGCAAUUAGCCACCCAUUUGAAAUAUACACAAAAGAAAACAUGUCCUUGUUCUCCAAGUAUGGCAGAAAAUAUUGCUGCAGAUCAGAACUUGAGAUGAUGCACAGUGUGGAGGGCCGUGAUGAAUAUCCCAUGUCAGAGGAAAACCUCCAGCAAAACUCGUAUUUUGAUCAACCUCAGAGAAUUAUAAAGGGUGAGGGUGAGCUCUCCGAUUACGGGGAAGGACAUAUCAUCAGCCAUCAGAGUAACCACACCGAAGAGAAACCUAGUAAUUCUCCUGAGUGUGGAAAGAGCUUUAGCUUUCAAAAGUCACUAAAGAGAAGUCAAGGAAUUCAAAGUGAAGGAAAACCAUAUGAAUGUUCACAGUGUGGGAAGGUCUUCAGUCAGCGAGAACGUUUGAAAAAUCACCUGCAGCUUCAUACUGGAGAGAAACGGCACGAAUGUCCCGAGUGUGGGAAGAGGUUCAGUUCUAAAGAGGUAUUAACAAGGCAUCAGAGAAUUCAUACUGGGGAGAGGCCACACAAAUGUCCCCAGUGUGGGAAAUGCUUUAGUCAGAGAGGUGACCUGAAACGACAUCAGAGAAUUCACACUGCAGAGAAGCCGUUCAAAUGUUCCCAGUGUGGGAAAUGUUUCAGUCGGAAAGAACCUUUGCAGAAACAUCAAAGAAUUCAUACAGGAGAGAAACCGUACGAAUGUUCUCACUGUAGGAAGUGUUUUGGUCGCAAAGAACAUUUGAUGAACCAUCAGCAAGUUCACACUGGAGGGAAACUACACGAAUGUUCUCAGUGUGGGAAACGGUUCACUUUUAGAGAAGUAUUAACACGACAUCAGAGAAUCCAUACCGGAGAGAAGCCGUAUGAAUGUUCCCACUGUGGAAAAUGCUUCAAUCAAUGUGGUGAUAUGAAAAGGCAUAGAAGAAUCCAUACAGGGGAGAAACCCUACGAAUGUCCUGAGUGUGGGAAAAGCUUCAGUCGGAGAGAACAUCUGAAGGAUCAUCAGAGAAUCCAUACAGGAGAGAAACCAUUCAAAUGCAUAGAGUGUGGGAGAGACUUUUCCCGGAGAGAUAUAUUAAUCAGGCAUCAGAGAACUCAUUGGACAGAGACCUUAUGAACGCUCCUACAUGGCUUUUCUGAAAAAUGAGACACAGGUGUUCUAGUUGCACCAACCCACCACCAUCUAAACUGGACUGCCACCAGAUUCUGUUGUUACAGAAUCACCUUUUGCAAAACUUCUGUAGCCUCCAGAUCAGCAGGUGGGCAGCCAGAAGCCAUCUCUCCAGAACCUCUAGCUGCUGUCCCCUAUUAGCCAUAAAUAGGUUAAAUUCUAGCCACAAAGUUUGCAUAGAAUAUAUCAGUUUAUUAAUAUCCAAUGAGCCAGUUUAGGCUAUGAUCCUAAGUGUUUAUUACGACUAUUAUUAUUACACUUAUAUUCUGCCUUUCUUCUUCCUGCAAGGAACCCAAGUGGCUUACAAGGUUCUCCUCUCCAUUUUAUCUUCAGAACAACCCUGCCGAGAAUCUGUAACUGGUCCAGAGCUGCCACACCACGCUGCCCAUUGCAAUAUAAAACUUGUUCAGGUUUAAUAAGGCUUAUAUUUAUGAGUAAGCCUGUUGGACAGGGGCAUUCCUGGCUCCUAUAAUGACUUGUGUGUAUAUGCAGGUGUGCACUGACAUACCCUCCCGCCCUGAUUUGACUCAGAUCCCAAUUUGGUGCUUUCAAAAAUAUCCCACUGCUGCUCAGACCUGUUUGGAAUCAGCCCACUUUGAUGUGGUCCUAGUCCCAUGUAAAGGUCUGGAAAACCAAGAUUUUGUGUUUCUAGUUGAUUACCGUGGGAAAUAAGAAAAGCGUUAUAGUUCUUUGCUCUUGGUUGGAAUUAUUAUUAUUAUUAUUAUAUUUCUAUACUGCCCAUGGCUGAAGCUCUCUGGGCAGUUCACAAUGUUGAAGUCCCCCAUCCAGUUUUCAACCAGUCCUGACCCUGCUUAGCUUCCAAGAUGAGACAGCAUCAGACAGUUCAGCCUAUAUGGAAUUGGAUGAUGGUUGCAGGCACAGUAACUCCUUAGCGCAGCCAGAACACCUGGGAAUUAGUUCGCAACCCCGAAGCUACUCACACCUUGAUUGCGAUAUUUCUGCUAUGAGCAGACCUCUUUACUGCCCUAAGGUCGGAAAUGCCCAGUCCUUCAAAAUCCUCCAGAAAACUAGUCUGGAGACAAAAGGACUCUGCUUCAAUUGUUUUAUGCUUCCAGAGUCACCAUUUAGGAGGCAAGAUCGAAUCCAGAAGUGGGGCAGGUGCCCAGUCAACCUCCAUUAGGCAAGCUGUGUGCAGGCUGUUUGAUUCCCUCCAACAAUGGACUUCUUUAAUUUGAAAUAAAAUUUAUCGCUUCAUCAACAGUGGGACAUUUCGGGGAUGCCACUUUUUCUUAUAAGGUCUAAAAUGUUCCCUAGGAUAUGCUUCCCGCUGCUGACUCUAUUAGUAAAGAAUUACCCUGUAGAAGGAACAUUUGGCAUCCCCUCUUACUGCCCUUCUCUUGUGGAGAGAAGAUGCCGUUCAUGCAGAUACAUCUCCUGUUUUGGAAUGAAGAUACUUCGGUGCUUUUUUCAUUUUGUUAAUAUGAUUCAUUUUGUUAAUAAAACUUGUACAUUCUAA